UUCCAAGGCUAGGCCCCAAUUUCUCUUCACCAAAAAUAUCUUUCUGAUCUGACUCCUUUCUAAAAUUAUUGAUGGCUUGUUGGUUGCGGGUUACCAGCAGUGGCACAGGUGUAAGGGCAGAAAGAGAGGAAAGAUCAGAGCGGCAUUGGUGUAGAGAGGUAGUGGAGGAGGACUGGAUGGGCUUGGGUUGAGGUUUAGGCUACAGGAGAUGAGGCUUUGGAAGUGGUGAUUGGUGAAAAUAAUUUGGUGAUCAGGUAAAGCCCAGUGGUUGCAAUUAUGCAGUUAUUUAUGCUUGGAUCUGAUGUCUAGAUAGGUUGGAAUUGAAUAGAAGUAAGGCUUUCAUUGUUUGGAGUCAGAAUAGCCAGAAUUAUCGCUACUGGAGUCGAGCAUGUUUUGGAAGUCUUUGAUAUUUUAUGAGUCAACAAAUUUUGAACACAUUGCUUUGGAAUUCAACAGAUUUUUUAUACUACUCAUCUUGGUAAUCAUAGAAUAUAUUAUAAGGAGAUCAAGAUUUACUCAGUUCUAACUGAUUUUGUCAAUAUUGUUAAAAAUCUCAUUCUCUUUGAAAUCGCUAGCUUUAAGUCUAAUAAUUUUAAAACAGAUUCCCAAUGAGAAAUAUUUAAAUUAGCAUGAUGAUACAGAAUCCUUCCUGCUAAACAUUGUGCUGAUCUAGUGCUGAGUAUUAAGUAUAGACUUUGGGUAGGAAUUUUAGCCUAACUAGAUGCAUAGGGGUUGGCUCUAUGGCUAGCUACUUCCUGAGCUAAUGUAAGAAAAAGAUUGGAACUCUAGGAUAAAGACAUGAUGUCUGUGAGAAAUCCUCAAAAUUUGUUAAAGUAUUUUCUCUGAGGAAUCUCAAUGGAGGACUAAAUUAAAGGAGAUCUAGGACAGUUUACAAUAGAACGAUGAAUAUUGCAUAAGAUUUUUAUACAAAUUUAUCCAAUCAUGAGGAAUUAUAACAAAACAUUGUGUGAAAGUUCUGUCUAGCUAUUAGACUUCUCUUAUCAUAAUUCUCAUCAAGAGAGACAAUACUGAGUAUAUCAAUAAUUUAGAGUAUCCUCAGACCUACCUCAGUUAAUCUACUCUUUCAAGAGCAUGACCAAAUUAGCCUGCCAUCUUAGACCUCAAAUUCCCACAGACUCAUCUACCCAAGUUUAACACCUAAAAUCCCUCAAAUUCCCCACUCAAAUUCCAAUUUCCCGUACAAAUCUCUCUCCACAUCUAAAUUUCU